CCGAUCCCCUUGUCCAGCACGUGGCAUGCCUGGAUGUCCCUGCCCCGGCAUGGCGGGACAGAGGCUCCUCUUCCUCGCUGCCCUCGCCCUGGAGCUCCUGGGAGGGACUGGGGGCUCCCAGCAGGCCCUCCGGAGCCGGGGGGCGGCGGCGGCCUGUCGCCUGGACAAUAAGGAGAGUGAGUCCUGGGGGGCCCUGCUGAGUGGCGAGAGGCUGGAGACGUGGAUCUGCUCCCUCCUGGGCUCGCUCAUGGUGGGGCUCAGCGGGGUCUUCCCGCUGCUUGUCAUUCCCUUGGAGAUGGGGACCACGCUGCGCUCAGAAGCUGGGGCACGGCGCCUGAAACAGCUGCUCAGCUUUGCCCUGGGGGGACUUCUGGGCAACGUGUUUCUCCACCUGCUCCCCGAGGCGUGGGCCUACACGAACAGUGCCAGCUCUGGUGGUGAGGGGCAGAGCUUGCAGCAGCAACAGCAGCUGGGACUGUGGGUCAUUGCUGGCUUCCUGACCUUCCUGGUGUUGGAGAAGUUGUUCUUGGACAGCAAGGGGAAGGAGGAGACCAGCCAGGCCCCCAGCAAAGACCCCGCAGUUGCUGCCGCGCUCAAUGGAGGCCACUAUCUGGCCCAGCCGGCUGCAGAGCCCGGCCUCAGCGCCGUGGUCCGGAACAUCAAAGUCAGUGGCUAUCUCAACCUGCUGGCCAACACCAUAGACAACUUCACCCAUGGGCUGGCGGUGGCCGCCAGCUUCCUUGUGAGCAAGAAGAUCGGGCUCCUGACCACCAUGGCCAUCCUCCUGCAUGAGAUCCCCCAUGAGGUGGGCGACUUUGCCAUCUUGCUCCGGGCCGGCUUUGACCGAUGGAGCGCAGCCAAGCUGCAGCUCUCGACAGCACUGGGGGGCCUGCUGGGCGCCUGUUUUGCCAUCUGCGCGCAGUCCCCCAAGGGAGUAGAGGAGACGGUGGCCUGGAUCCUGCCCUUCACCUCCGGCGGCUUUCUCUACAUUGCCCUGGUGAACGUGCUGCCCGACCUCCUGGAGGAAGACGACCCGUGGCGCUCCCUGCAGCAGGUGCUUCUGCUCUGCGCAGGCAUCAUGGUGAUGGUGCUGUUCUCGGUCUUCGUGGAGUGACUGUCCCAGGCGCCCCUCCCCUGCACAGCAAUAAGAGACUCGGAUUCACUCUGUGACCAUGUGUGUGAGUGAGAGUGUGCCUCCAACCCGAGGGUGGGGGGUGUGCGUGUGGUGUGCACAUGUGACCAGAGGUGUGUGCGAGGCCGACACUGUGAUCCCUGACGCCCGGCCGGCCCACUGCGGUCUCCUCCCCCUGCCACCCUGUGGUCUCGCACCCCCGGAGUCAGCAGUGAGGCACGGGAGCGCCGGUCCCGAGCAGAGACCUCUGCACGCCGCCAGGAGGAGUGAGCCGCCCAAGGAGCCAGGCCUGCUGAGAGCCCCAAGCUGUCCCCCGCCGAGGCCUCAGGGGGCCCUGGCCUGAGGGGGUAAGCCCCUGGGCGCGUGCACCCGGCCCCGAGCAGCCAGGGACCAAGGCUGGGGCACCUUUUCUCGGCCCGCAUCCUGGUCCUUCCUUCACCAGCUCCAAGGCCAAAGAGAGGAGAGGCGAGUGCCUCGCCCCUGGCUCCGCUCGGCGCUGACGGUCCUACUGCACCCAGCGUGGAGCUGGGAGAUGCUUUCUAAGACCUGUUCCCUGUCAGCCCUGGGCCGGCUCCUGUUCCCCCGCCUCCGCCUUCCUGGCAGCACCGGCAGCUCUUGCCACCUCCAGCUGCCAAACGGCAGCCAGCAGGGCAGCGCACGGCCCCGGGCCAGCGUCCUCCCCGUCCGCUCGGGAGCUCCUGCCAGCCCGGGGUCCGACAGACACGCUGGGGGCGGGAAGACGAGGAACCGUGGCCGCCCACCCCCCACGCGGGCCCCUUCCCCGGCCCACCGCCAGUGGGGCUGGGUGGGGGUGGCGAGGGCUCCACGUUGUCAGCGCUCAGGAAUGUGCUCUGGGAGAAUGCUGAAGCCAUAAUCCCCAGCUAUUUCCCUUGGCCGACGCCCAGGUACUCAGCUGGCCCACUCCACAGCCGGCUCCAGCCCCACCGCUCGGCCGUGGGCGUCGGGAGGAGUCGCGUCAGGAGGGGCUGAAGGGUUUUACAGCAGUUUUGCUGUGGUUUCGUUUAUAUCUGUAAAUAACCUGUUGUAUAGACGAGAUGCAAAUAAAUACACACAAACUGGC